AUGAAAAGAAUAAAAGGAAGCGGUCAAGUACACACCAAACAAGCAGAACCACUUACAAUUCAAGAUGAGAAGCUAUUGUGGGAGAAAGGAUUACUUGGGUCAGGAUCACCACACAUAAUACUGGAUACAAUGGUAUUUAUGUGCGGUGUUUAUUUCACUCUAAGAAGCAGACAAGAGCACCGUGAUCUACGAUUCAGCCAGAUAAAACUAAAAGAAAUAGAUGGGAAAAAAUGUCUCGUAUUUACAGAAAAUACCUCCAAAAACAAUGCUGGAGGACUUAAACACCAAAAAGCAACACCAAAAACUGUAACACACUACGAAAAUAAACAUGAUACAAGUAAAUGCUUCAUACAGUAUUAUCAAAUAUACAUCAAACAUUGUCCACCACUAGCAUUAGAGAAAGACUCAGCAUUCUACUUGACACCACUUAAAAAGGCAAAAGGUGACUUGUGGUACUCCUGUGUUCCAGUGGGACAUAAUACGCUACGAACCACAAUGUCUAGUGUCUGCUCUUUAGCUGGCAUUGAUGGCUUUAUAACCAACCAUUCUCUCCGUGUCAUGGCAGCUACAAGACUGUUUCAAGCUUGUGUAGACGAGCAGCUCAUUAUGAAGAGAACGGGUCAUCGCAGUAUAGACGGAGUGAGGACCUACAAAAGUGUCUCAGCAGCAGGAAGAGAAAUUACCAUCGAUACUGAAUUGUGCAGAGGAAGAGCCAGAGACUAA